CAACAACCACGCAGCGAGCAGGCAGCAACAGCACUCGACGCCUCGCAGCAAGCAUUUUUGGAGUCUUGCACCGCUAUUCCUACCCGCAGGCGCCCUGGAUAAGGCGAUCCUAAUGCACACAGACCGCCAUGGCUCCGCUUGAGCAGCAAUGGGUCAAGGUCCAGCAGAAGACCUUCACAAAGUGGCUGAACAGUAAGCUGAAGAACCGAGAUGUCGAAAUCCAGGAUCUCAUUACAGACCUGUCUGACGGCAUCAACCUCAUCCACCUCCUCGAGAUCCUCAGUAACGAAUCGCUCGGCCGUUAUGCCUCCCGACCGAAGCUGCGAGUGCAGAAGUUCGAAAAUGUCAACAAAUCACUGGACUACAUCCGCAGCCGCGGCAUUCAGAUGACCAACAUUGGUGCUGAAGAUGUGGUAGAUGGCAACAGCAAGAUCAUUCUGGGUCUGAUAUGGACCCUGAUUCUGCGCUUCACAAUCAGCGACAUCAACGAAGAGGGUCUGAGUGCGAAGGAGGGCCUGUUACUGUGGUGUCAGCGCAAGACAGCGUGCUACGAUGAGGUCGAAGUGCGCGACUUCUCCACAAGCUGGAACGAUGGCCUGGCCUUUUGCGCCCUUCUGGACAUCCACCGCCCCGACCUGAUCGACUACGAUAGUCUCGACAAGAGUGACCACCGCGGCAACAUGCAGCUUGCUUUCGACAUCGCCUCCAAGGAGAUUGGCAUCCCAGACCUUCUCGAUGUAGAAGACGUUUGCGACGUCGCGAAGCCUGACGAGCGCUCCCUCAUGACGUACAUCGCCUACUGGUUCCACGCUUUCUCCCAAAUGGAGCGAGUCGAAAACGCCGGUCGACGAGUAGAGAAGUUCGUGCAGAACAUGCAGGGUGCAUGGCAGAUGCAGAACGACUUCGAAGAACGCAUGCGGAAACUUCUUGCAGCGAUCGCCGCACAGCGAACGCAAUGGGAGGAGGCCAAGUUCGACGGGACAUACACGGACGCCAGGAAUCAAUCAACCGAGUUCACGGCAUGGAAACGCAAGAGCAAGCGCAAUUGGGUCGCAGAGAAGUCGGAUUUGGCUGGGUUAUUAGGAAACAUAAAGACGAAGCUGGCGACCUAUCGCCUGCGGCCAUACGAUCCUCCAGCAGAGCUGAGCUUGGAGACGUUGGAUGCAGCAUGGGCAGGUCUGAUGAAAGCGGAGCGUGACCGCUCACAAGUCAUCAAUGAAACGAUCCGUGACAUCAAGAACGCUCUCCGCAAGUCGUUUGCAGACAAAGCUAACGACUUCGCUCUCGCACUGAACACACUUGGAACCUCGAUAUCAGCGCUGGAGGGUGAAGUCGAAGACCAACUGGAACACACCAAGGAGAUCAGCAAGUCGCUCGCGCCACUUGACGAGUAUCUGAACCUCAUUGCUUCUAUCGACGAGCAAUGCGCCGAAGCAAAUAUCGAAGAGAACGACUUCACAACAUAUACUUACGAUGAACUCGAGUACGAGCUGAGUCUGGUACGCAACUCAGUCUCGAAGAAACUCGCCUUCUUAGAAAACCAGAUGGUUGCUCGUAACAUGACGAAUCUGACACCGAUACAACUGGAAGAGUUCGAAUCAGUGUUUCGACACUUCGACCGCGACUUGUCGAAUUCGCUGGCCGAACUGGAGUUCUCGGCAGCCCUGGCAAGUCUGGGGCUUGUGUACGACGACGAGGAGAUGCACCAGAAGUUCCGUGAAACGAGCGGUGGCCGUGACUAUGUUACCUUCGAGCAGUUCAUUCGCUUCAUGGUCGAUGAGACGGAGGAUCAAAAUACAGCUGAGCAGGUCUUCGAGUCGUUCAAGGAGGUCGCGGACGGCAAGCCAUACGUUACUGAACUCGAUCUCCGCCACUCUCUCGUCCCUGACGAGGUCAUCGAAGAUCUUAUCUCUACGAUGCCCGAGCACAAAGGACCAGAUAUGCAAGAAGAUCGUGAUCUUCCCAAGUACGAUUACAUCACCUACAUGGAGCGGUACAUGAACGCGAAACGUGAGGAGCAGCAGGUGAACGGUGGAUAGAAUCCCGAGAACCCCUGGCUUAAGCGUUCGAUGACCGACUCUGCUAUGAUCGAACGUUUGAGCGACUCGACUAUGAGUAUGCUGCUCGGAGAAAGAACGGUGUUGACGCCGGUCUUCCUAUGAGCCACAUACAGGACAAAGAAUAGGCAUGACUCUGCGUUGUCAUGAUCAUGGGAAAGGGGAAGGACGCAGUGAAGAGAAGGAACGAAGAUUGUAAGCUUCUGGGACGCAGCUUGAUUGUUUGGAUUUUGCAUAGCGAUGUUAUGGCGUCCAAUUUGGAUAUCUCUACUGUUGGGUGUUUGGGGGCACAAAGGUACCAUGGUCGCGGUCUGAGGCCGCAGGAUCAGGUCGAAGUCACCAAUAGCAACAUAAGUGCAUCUAAU